UAUUCGCUACGUUUACAUGAAGAAAUACUUAGAAGGUUAAAAAAAUUUUUCAGAAAAAAUGUACUGACGAGGUACAAGGCGAUUGAUCACAGCGAAGGGAGAUCAAUUCCUGAAACAUACUACGUUAAAACAUGUAGUAAAACGUGCAAGAUCCGCUUUGGGAUUUGUUGGAAGAAAAAAACGGUUUGCCAUAACCAACUUCGUACUCGCCAUAAAACAAUUUACGAAACCGUGAAGAAAUACCACCCAAUAUACUAUUGCAGAUAUGGUUGGAAGCAAAAAGGUUCCGAGUGCUCUAUUCCUGAAUGCAGUGGUUGUAAUGGUAAAGGGAGUUGCAGUGCUCCUUGGAAGUGCACUUGUAACCCAGGAUGGAGAGGUUCCGAAUGCGAAAGUGAUUUUAAUGAGUGUCUUCGGGUUGAAACUAACAAGUGCGAGUAUAGACCUGGUUGCAAUAACACACGCGGAAGUUUCAGAUGCACUUGUCCUGAUGGCUAUCGAUUGGAUAAUGAUUUAAGAUCGUGUAACGAUAUUGAUGAAUGCGGAACUAACAGCCACAGCUGCAGCGCAAAUGGAUUCUGUCAUAAUAUUCGAGGCAGUUACAGAUGUUCUUGUAAGAAUGGAUAUCAACUGGGCAGUGAUCAGAAGACAUGCCAAGAUAUUGAUGAAUGCAAAACAUAUCAAAACGACUGUGAUUACAAAGCUGGUUGUCAAAAUACUGUUGGAAGUUUCAAAUGUACCUGCCAGGCGGGAUAUUAUCUUGAUGCUGACGGAAAAACUUGCAAAGAUGUGAAUGAAUGUGAUGGUGGUAAUUGCCAACAAAACUGCGUUAACUACCCUGGUGGAUAUACUUGCUCCUGUUACAGCGGAUACCGAAGAAACACCACAAACGUUAAGCAUUGCGAUGAUAUCGACGAAUGUUUUGAAAAGAAGGCAGGUUGUUCCCAGAUCUGCACCAACACCGCUGGCGGUUUCAAUUGCAGUUGUCAUCCGGGAUAUUAUUUUGCCUGGGACGAAAAACAUUGCAACGAUAUUGAUGAAUGCUCCAGUGGACGACAUGGUUGCGAUCAAAUUUGCAAGAAUGCGCUUGGGUCAUACAAAUGUGGGUGUAGAGAAGGAUUUGAACUGUCCCAAGAUGGAAAAACGUGUAUAGGAAAACCAUGCCUGCUUAUUUAUGCACCAGUGAAUGGUAACAUGAAUUGCACAGGGCAUACAACUGAACAUACAUGUGACUUCACUUGCUCCACUGGAUAUAAACACAUUGGUUCCCGUAUACGAAGAUGCUCUCCUUCGCGACGUUGGACUGGGAAAGAGGCAAAAUGCGAACCUAUCAUUUGUCCAGACCCUCCGGAACCAAGUGAUGGAUUCGUUUAUUCUCCGUGCGACACAAGGUUUAAUUCAGAAUGCAUAGCAGGCUGUGAUGAUGGUUUCCAUAUCAAUGAGACGUCAAAAUUAAGAUGUACAGUAAAUGGUCGAUGGGAGCCGAACGGUGUAACAUGUAAAAAAAAAAAGGUGUGUGAACCAAAUCCUUGUCGUCAUGGUGGCGAGUGUACUGAUAUAAAUUCCGGGCACUUCUCAUGUAACUGCUCCAAGACUGGAUACAAGGGAGAAAAAUGCGAGAUUGGCUUUGUUACUAUCCCUGAUUAUCCCGUAAUAGUCGCAGAUGGUACUGCCACAACAGUCAAGUUCCGAGUCUCACCACCAGACAAUGAGAUACUCUUCACACCUCAAAGUUCAGGGGUCGAGUUUAAUCCACCCUAUUUACUUUUCAAGCGAAAUUCUGCCACCUCGCAAUCAGUUGCUAUAACUUCCCGACGACCAGGUCUUCAUUUAGUUCGAUACCAUUUGUCAGGUUCAAGUUCAGCCUCGUUUCAAAUUCCACAGCAAAAUGCGCUUACGGUCCAGGCUUCCUCGAACUCUGGUUCAGAUUCCUCGGCGUAUGAUAAUAUUACAUUUCCUACUGGAUGCUACAAAUUGGAGCGUCAUCAGUGCCCCCGUUCAGAAGUCAGAAUAACAGCAUUAUCCACAAAGCCAUGGGGGCGGAUUUUUGGUAUUUUGGCAACAACAAAGGGCUUAGUAAGCUUAAGCAAUGGGGUUAUCGAAGUACCCUUUUCAACGACAGGUGACAAGUUUAGACUUCGAAAUCCAUCGAGUGUGAAUAAUAAUUGUGGAUCCAGUCCAGCAAAGAAGUAUUCCUUGGUUGAGAUGAUAAAGCGUCGAGUUCUAACCAAGUCUUUUCUAAACGUCGUGCGAGACAGUUUUCCAAAAUGGCUUGAUCUAAAAUUGCGGAGAAAGUUACCAUUCAGAUCUAUUGUUGAGGACGACCUUAAAACUCACUAUUUAUCUGGAAAACGUCUUGUUAAGAAAGUUCAACUUACGGGUCAGCCAUUGACUGAUGACAGUCUAUUUUCUUUGCUAAUAUCACCUGAUCUUGACCUAAUGGUUGAUGGAGACCAUGUUUCAUUGGGAUUUCCUGAUCGUGAAGCUAGUUUCUCUGUUGCUCUGGAGCUAUGCGGCACUCCUCCAUACAAUGUUGUCUUGAAACCGUCAACAAAUCUGGUUGAUGUGAUCAACCAACUAUCCGUUUUCAAACAGAUGCAAGCGAAUGGUUGGUCGUUUAAGAUUUUCUCAAUGCAAAUUUCUAAGAGUUCGUCCACAAAAAGGGGUCUAACUUUAGUUACAAAGUUUAGCAAGGAUUUUGAAGUAUCAAACUCGAUAAAAUCUCGAGUGGAUUUUAAGGGAACAUUAAUCCUCAACGUUCACGACUUGGAAAACAUUAUGGACUUUCCAUUAGAUCAAAAAUGGUUGGCUAAGCUUGAUGGUGAAAUAAUACUCUCAAUGGAAUUCAAAGUACAAGGAGAAAUGACCAAUUUGGCGAUUAAAAUGCCACAAACAUUGAGCUAUGCGACAAUCGGAGGGAAAAGCAAAAACGAUUGUUUCCUUGGAAAGAAGGAAAAUUCUCAGGGACUCUUAAUGCAAAACGUUCUUAAAGAAAAUCCAUUUCUUCAUACAGAACUUGGCAGAUUUGUUGAACUUGAUAAACCUAGUAACAUGUCAUGUUUUCUUAGCGCAAUACUAUACCAUGAGAAGAUAAGUAAUAACUCUCGCUAUCGUGAAUCAAGCAAUGGCGUCAAAAUGACUUUCCAUGGCAAUCUUAAGUUUGGUGCCUUACGCUUUGACAACCUUGAGGUGGAGUUGCGUUUUGAAAAUAUUUUAUGCCAAAAUUCCACCCAUCAAACUCGCUCGAAGAUCAUUGCAGAGUUAAAUGGAAAAUAUGGCCAACGUGUCGGCAACCUGCAGAAAAAUCUUGGAAUUUUUAAAAUUACUCGUGAUUCAGUAAUAGAUUUACAUAUUGGGCGUGAAACAGGGGCUGACUCGGGAGGCUCUUUUUCUGGCAUUGUUAACGUUCUUGGUUUCCAAGACGCGACAAAGGUUAGCAUAUCGCAAAAUGGUUUAAACUUUUUUGCUAAAGGAAAAAUAAAUGGAUUAUUUUAUGCAUCCGCAACAUUCAAGUCAAAUCUGAUGCCAUGGAAUCGCCAAAGAUUUACAACCACAGGCGUUUUUGACAUCAGAGAAACGGAUGACAACCUGAACCGACUUUUGGAGAAAGAAAUAGCAAAAUAUACUGACGAACUUUUAACAAAGAUGAAAGGUAGAUUUAAUCUCUCGGUGGAGACAGAAAGUCGCGCAAAAGCUCGUCUAAUGAAAGUUCAGGUCCUCCGGGAAGAGGCGCGGGCGAAAAUGAAUCAAAUAAAUGUCGAGUAUAGAAAAAGCAGCGAGAAAUUGAAUGUUGCAAGGGAAAAUUUUAAUCUUCUUGUUGAAUUUAUCGACGGUUAUUCCGAUGAAAUUCGCCAAUUAAAUCAGGAAUUAAGCACACUUUGCGCGGUGAAAGAUUGUCCUAAAAUUUGUCAUGAAGGGGAACAUUGCGGCACACGUUUCAAGCAUACAUACAUAGCAGUUAAAGGACGUUGUCUAGAAACGUGUCAUUUGUCAAAGCAGGAACGCAAAGAGCCACUACACACGGACGCAAUUUGCAAAAAUGUGUACUGCAAAAGAAUCCACUCCAAGAGUAAUCUUAUAGGCGCUCCCUUUGUAGCAUUUGGCGUUUCUAUUGGCAACCCUGCGGUUGUAGCCACUGGUGUUUUAUUAUUAGCGCCAUGGAGCAAAAGAGCGAUGGAAAUGCAGUGUUUCUGAAGAAAAGUGCAAA